AUGCCCGUUUCUCUCGCCCCCGCGGCGAACCCCAUCGCCAUGUACAACCAGCGUAUGACCAUGCCGCAAAACGCCUACUACACCAUGCCCUCGUCAUCGGCUCCGAUGCAACAUCAGCCGCAGCCGACGUACGAAAGCUACGCCCCGGUCGCCGCACCCCCUGUAUCGGUCCCUCCUCUGCAACACCGCGCCUCCUCGGGGGCCUGGACCCCACAGGAUGACCAGCAACUCCUCACGGCCCGGUCCCAGGGUCUCAACUGGGGUCAGAUCCAGAUGGCGUACUUCCCGAACAAGACGCCCAACGCCUGCAGAAAGCGUCACGAGCGUCUUAUGGAGCGCAAAGGCGCCGACGACUGGGACAACCGCAAGUUCGAACGCCUCGCCAAGGAGUACAUGAACGUCCGCAAAGAAAUAUGGUCUAUCCUCGCAGCCCGCACCGGAGAGAAGUGGGGUGUCGUCGAGGCCAAGUGCAUGUCCAACGGACUCAAGAACCUUCAAAGUGCGUCUCGCGCCGCGGCCAGACGGGAGCGCCUGGAAUCGGGGCAGCCACUACCACCUGGGUAUGACGAUGACAGCGGCAUCAGCGGCCUCGGGUUAACCGACGACCUAGACGCGUCCUAUAGUAGCCCGGAGACCGUGUCCUCUGGACACUCUGGGAGCGGCGGCAGCACCACCUCGGCCGCCGGCUACGUCACCUCCUUCAACCAUCUCCAGCCUCUCCAUGCCGGGCAGUACGGCUACGGCCACACGGGUGCCCAUCACGGAUACAACAGCUCCGUCUCCUCGAACGCCUCCGUCAACGGCGGAUACCCCGGCCAAUCGCAAUCUCCCAGUCCUUACCUCCAUCCUCACGGCCAGAGACUGCCGAGCGUGGACAUGGGCAUCGAUGCCAUCAUCAACCGGCCCGGCGGUGGUGCACAACAACCCAUGUAA